AUGAAGAUUGUGUUUGAGUGCUUAAGUUUUGCUUAUAAGAAUUACGUCGGCGAGAGUGGAUUUGCUCCUCUAAACAAAACCGUCUUCACACGUGAUCAAGAACAAAUGAAAGAAGAAAAUUUCCCCUUCCAAGUCGUUGACCAAUCAAAGCCCACAAGCUUUCUUCAAGACUUCCACCAUCUUGAUCAUGAUGAUCAGUUUGAUCAUCACCAUCAUCAUGGGUCUACAUCUUCAAAUUCUUUGCUUGUUAUCCAAACUACGUCAUCUUGUGUCAAUAGUUCUCCUUUCGAGCAUUGCUCUUACCAAGACAACAUGGUCAAUUUGGUCGAUGAACAUGGUAGUACUAUGGACAUGGAGCAAAACAACAUGAUGAUGAGGAUGAUCCCUUUUGGUUACCCUCCUAGAGGGAUCACCAAGCCUAUGAACUUCGUGAUGCCAGAUGAAGUUUCAUGUGUUUCUGCAGAUAAUGAUUGUUAUAAAGCGAUGAGUUUCAAUAAGACCAAACCAAUUCUGACAAGAAAGUUGUCUUCAUCUUCGUCGUCAUCAUCAUGGAAAGAAAAGAAAGAAAAAACAUUAGUCAAAGGACAAUGGACUUCUGAAGAAGACAGGAUAUUGAUUCAAUUUGUGGAGAAAUAUGGAUUGCGGAAAUGGUCGCAUAUUGCACAAGUGUUACCGGGAAGAAUUGGGAAGCAAUGUAGAGAGAGAUGGCAUAACCAUUUGAGACCUGACAUUAAGAAGGAAACAUGGAGUGAAGAAGAAGACAGAGUGCUUAUACAAUCUCAUAAAGAGAUUGGGAACAAAUGGGCAGAGAUUGCCAAAAGACUCCCUGGAAGAACAGAGAACUCGAUCAAGAACCACUGGAACACGACAAAACGAAGACAAUUCUCUAAGAGAAAAUGUAGAUCUAAGUAUCCAAGACCUUCUCUGUUGCAGGAUUACAUAAAGAGCUUGGGUUUGGGAGCUUUGUCGUCCUCCUCUGUGCCUGCAAGAGGUAGACGCAGAGAGAGUAACAAGAAGAAGGAUUUUGUGGCGGUUGAGGAAGAGAAUAAGAAGAAUGAAGAUGAGCUUUACGGACUAGACAGGAUAGUGCCUGAAUGUGUGUUUACUGAUGACUUUGGAUUCAAUGAGAAGCUGCUUGUGGAAGGAUGUAGCAUUGACUCCUUACUUGAUGACCUUCCUCAGCCUGACAUUAAUACUUUUGCUCAUGGAUUCUGAUUUGUAUUGUUUUUCUUUUUUAGUUUCAGUUUUUUUUUGAAUGAGACAUAUUCACCAAACUAAGCAAAAAUAAUUCAACUCGCAGGGUUUUGUUUCAACUGAAUAGAACAACAAAAUAUCAUUCUACCAGUGUCUUCGCUGUAAUUUUAUGUUUCUGAUGUUUGCAUAUUUUUUUGAUGAAAAUUAUAAAAAUACAGUUAAAUCUAGUCUGUUAGAUGUUUAAGAAGGUGAAGAUUUGUGACCAAAAAGAAGGUGAAGAUUAGUUUAACAUGUUGAAGUAACAGAAACCGCAAACCUAACUUGUGCAACAAGAAUAUUACUUAAUUUGUGAUACAAGCAACCACAUAAGAAAACUUCUGUUACAAGAAAGAAAAGUUUUACAAAACAACAACAAAAAAACAGAUCAUCAAU